ACUCAACGACAACCUAUGGCUCUAUUUUCUUUUUGCGUUUUAAAGAUACCUGGCCGUUGGCACGGUUGUUGUCGUCAUCGGACUGUGCCUGAUAAACAAUUAAACAUAGCGCCGCGCCACCCAUUGAAUCCUGGAGAAUCUAAAAAUGUGAAACCCCAACCUCAAGGGAAACAGUUUAAUUCUUUUGUUCAGAAACUAAAAUUGAAAAUGAAUUCUUUGGUUUACAGGAAACGAUCAGGAAGGAACAUAUGGGAACAUGUUCCCUUUCUUUUAACUUCUUUUGUAUAUGAACCUCAACCCAGAAACCAACAACGUUCAAGGCUUCAUGAUUCUUCAACUUUAACGCAAAAUCAAUUGGUUUUCGAUUCUGGGUCUUCGAGUUUUCACCUAAGAAUCUCAAAAAUCCCAUCUGGGUCUUUCCCAUAUCACUCUAUUUCCCGCUAUUUUUCAACUUCAGUUUCAAAAGACAAUGUUUUAGGAUCUGGGUCUGCUGCUUCAACGACAAAUAAUUAUGGUUCAGAAAGGUGUCGUCUUCCGCAUCCGAGCGUGAAAUGCAUGGUUGGAGCUCCUAGGUUAAGUGUUUUGGAGAAGAGAGUUUCUGGGUUUUCUUCAAUCUCCAAAAUUUCAGUUGAGUCUUGUGGUAGUUUCGUCCCUUUGAGUUUCUUUCAUUGGUUUAGAACUCAGACAGCCAUUGAACCCUCGACCUCUGAUGGGCUUACCGUCGAAAGAAUCUUAUCUAAUGAUUGGACCAUUCUGGACGAGAGCGAGAAUGAUUGGAAGAGUCAUGCAGCGGCAGUUGCCCAAUCCAUUCAUCUAAUUAAGAAACGUUUGCAGUGGAAGAAGUUGCUGGUUAGGUUGAAUUUGCUGUCGGUAGAGCUGAAUAAGCCAGAUCUUUGGAAUGAUCCGCUCCAUGCGGGGAAGGUUAGCCGUGAGCAUGGUUCACUUAUGGGUAAAAUGAAAGGAGUCAAGGCAUUUGAACAGGAAUUGCUUGAGCAUAUAGACAUGUUAAAGCUUGCUCGUGAAGAGAAUGAUGCAGAGUUGGAAUCGGAAUCAUUAAAAGCUUUGCUUAGGAUGAGAAGAAUCUCAAAGGAGAAAGAGCUUGAAGCUUUGUUAGCAGGGGAACAGGAUCCUUGCUCAUGUUACAUGGAGGUUCAAGCAGGAGCUGGGGGUACUGAGAGCAUGGACUGGGCAGCAAUGGUGAUGCAGAUGUAUAAAAUGUGGGCUCAACGUCGUGGCUAUAAGGUUACUGUUGUGGAUGAAAUGCCUGGUGAGAUUGCAGGAAUCAAGCGGGCAACUAUUAAAGUAGAUGGUGAUUAUGCAUUUGGGUAUGCAAAAGCAGAAGUUGGAGUGCACAGGCUGGUAAGGAUAUCCCCAUUCGACAGUAACAAGCGUCGGCAUACUUCAUUUGCUGCUGUUGCUGUAAUUCCAAUUAUGGGUGACGCUUCUUGCCGUGUACAAAUAAAUGAAUCUGAUCUUCGUAUUGAGCGAUAUCGUUCCGGGGGACCUGGAGGUCAACAUGCUAAUACAACCGAGAGUGCUGUGAGGAUAGUCCAUGUUCCUACAGGAAUUACAGCCACUUGUCAGAAUGAAAGAUCUCAACACCAAAACAAAGCUUCAGCAAUGGCUGUACUUCAGUCUCGACUAGACCAGCUCGAGAUGACACGACAGGCUCAGAUGAAUUCGCAGCAUACGCAGUCUCUCACUGAUAUAACUUGGGGAAGCCAGAUUCGUAGUUAUGUUUUACAUCCAUACCGCAUGGUGAAAGAUCUCCGGACUAAUUAUGAGGUUUCAGACCCUGAUUCUGUUCUGGAGGGAGAUUUAGAUGGCUUUAUCAUGAGUUAUUUAUCAGCUUCCUUGGAUAAGGAUUUAGAUAACCGGUAAAUCCAGGUUUUUUUUAAGGUUCUUGUCAAAACCGGGCAUGUUUUUAGAAAAUGGCAACCCUUUCUACUGCAUGCUCCGUAGGGACAACUACCUCCAAUGGUGAGCGCAACAAGGAUUUUGUGAGGGACUUGCCCAUGGAGCAACUAUGAUGUUUUAUAUGUUGAGGUAUAUAAAACAUUUUUGACAUUUUCCUUCUCAAAGAAAGUGCUAAGAGAUGAGAAACACUAGCAUAUGAUUAUUACUAAUGUAACGAAAUAAUAUUUCUAUAGAUGAUGAAAGCCAUAAAAUGAAUCUCUUGCCCCAUAUUUACUUGGGGACUUUUUUUU